CACUAACACAUGGACCCUUUCUGUUCGUGCCAAUGUAUCUCAUAUCUCACCAUUAAACGUUCCGAUCCCUCUUCAAGGCUUUGAAUGAUCUAGCAGGUCAAUACAGGUCUUACUCAUGACAACCAUCCUGUCCAACAACCGAGCGGAUGCCGCGGAGCAAUGUCGAUCUUCAAAGCGCAGAAAAACCUCAUACGAAAACGGACAAACCGGGAUUUGCGACCAGUGCCAGCAAAUAGACUUUUCUAUGGUUGUGGAACUGUCUUGGGAGGCUCUGCAGGCAGCAGGUCAAGAAGGUUGCUUAAUUGCAGAGCUAGGCACAAGAUUAGACUUCAUUGCCACGUCAUGCGAUGUCUGUCGGGCACUCCGUUCGAUGCUACUCGAUCCUUCUACCACACUUCAAUCCCUCGAACUUCGUGCAUACUCGACGUUUGGUCGUGCAAGGAAGGAAACCUUCAGACUACUGCCCCCUCGGUUGAAAGCUAGCGACCUCCCUCAUCUUGCUGUUGUUGCCUCAACUUGCAAAGCUCAUACAUUGGAUACAAAAACCAGAUAUGCUUUUUGCCUACCAUCUUCGAGCCCGCAUGACCGGAUAUUCGCUCCUCAAGUGCCACCAUCGAAUAUCAACUACACCGAGAUAAAGUCUUGGCUUGAAUUUUGCAAGAAAACCCACAAGUCAUUGUGCAACAAGGAUGCGCAAAAUGCACGGCCUUCAAGACUCAUCGAUUGUGGAAGCUCCUUGCCAUCCCUGGUACAAGCCGCCCAAUCCAUGGUUUACCUGGCGCUAAGUUACACUUGGGGCUGUCCAGGCUCUGAAAACAGUACCACUUUAGCCAUUACACCACAAACUACAUUGUUAUCGCAAAUCUCAACUCCUGCAAAGACAAUCCGGGAUGCUAUCCAUGUGACUCGGGAGCUUGGCUUCCGGUAUUUGUGGGUUGACAGUAUUUGCAUCGAUCAGGCGAGUGAUGAGGAUAAAAGGUUACAAAUCAACAUAAUGGAUGAGAUUUACGGUGGAGCUGAGCUCACUCUUGUUGCUGCUGCAGGCACAAGUAAGGAGUUUGGUCUGCCAGGUGUUUCUACAACACCACGAACGAAGCCGAUGCCAACAGUUACUGUGGGCAACGUCCAGGUUGUUUGCACCGAGCGUAAUCCUCAGCCCUUGAUACGAUCGUCGAAGUGGGCACAACGCGCCUGGACAUUUCAGGAAGCCCUUAUUUCACGGCGUCUACUUUAUUUUACUGAGCAUGAGACGUACUUUGAGUGCCAUUCAAUGCAAAUUCGCGAAUCGAUGCGGGCUCAGUGGAAACAUCUCCACUGUAAACAAGGGAAGCUCUACGACCAUCUCAACUCGGGCCUUUUCCUUGGUCGGUUGGCUUGUAAUGACUCAUAUAUUCGAGCGCCUCGCCAGAGCUUGUUCAGAUUCUAUGAGCUUGUCCAACAGUAUACACGACGAGAAAUGACGAAUGAGACAGACUCACUAAGUGCAUUUCAAGGUAUCAUGCAGCAUCUACAGAAGGGAAGUCGGCCGGUCUAUCAAAUCACUGGGGUUCCGUACCUAUUUGAUCCCGAAUCCGCCGAGGAAACCCACAAUUCAUUCCUCAUAAGCCUACUCUGGGUGCACGAAACCCUACCCCCCCGAGGGAAAAAAAGAUUGCAGCUACCUCAUCCCACUCGAAGGCACUUCUUACCUUCUUGGUCGUGGGCGGGAUGGAAGGGAUAUGUCAACUUCGUCACUCGAACAGACAACAACACAAAAUACGGCAAAUUCGAAGUUCUAGCUAGAAUUACCCAUAUCGAGGUGGAAGGAGCAAACGAGCUCGAAUCUUGCAAAAUUCUCAAUGGGUCAAAAGAGGUGUCAGCAAAGUUGCCUCAUGCUCUUCUGAUCAAAACUCGCCUUCUUCGACCUGAUACAUAUUCCCUCUCUUUCAGCGCCACGAGGCCGCUGUGUCGCAUGACUAGCAAAUUGAAACCACCCGGGCGUCAUCCUGAAUGGGACCAAUCCCGUUCAGUACCCCCAAGCCGGCAGGGCAGAAAACCACAGCCUCCACGAUACUAUCCUGGGUUCAAGGGGGAGCUUUACAUGUGUGAUGGGCCUAAGUUUAGCACGCAGCUGCCGGAGUAUUUUGCUUCAAAUGGUUUAGAAGCUGCUCUGCUGGCGACACAUCCAGGGUUUUCUCGUAAAGGCAGGAAAGAUACUGCUAUGAUAUAUUUCAUGAUCCUUAAACCAGAACAGGACGCGUUUGCCCGUCUGGGACUUUUACAAGUAAAAACUACCCUCGAAGAUUUGAGUCAGGAUAUAAUGUUGGAAGAGCGGUUGAUCAAAGUUGUGUAAGCCUGUCUCAUGUAUGCGUACUCGCAUCCCACUAAGAUAGUUUUGUAUGUUGAAAUCCGAAUAUAAGAUCAUGUGUAUCUCAUUGAAUGUGUUCCAAUUCGUUGCAAACUUUCCUCGAAAACUGCAUCGUUGGGGCUAAAAG